AUACGUCACCUGCUACAUGUAAUUAAAAAAAAUGAUAUGAUGGUGUAAAAGAUUAUUUACACUGAUGGUCUGUAUUACUUAAGCAUUUCACGACGAUAUCGUGUGUUAAACUGUAAAUUGUAUACGUGAUAUCAAUGUUGCGAUUUAAUUAGUUCAAUUUGAGUAUAGUUCUGUUGAUUAGUACUGUGUUGAAUUCAACAUGAAGUAGUGCUAUCACUCUGCAUACAUAGUACUUAAUUGUGAUAUUGGUUUUCUUUGAUCUAAUGUGAACGUAUAUAAGUAGAAACGUAACAUGUAUUGCUAUAAUAGAAAAAUUUAGCAAGUUCUCUGUGCCAUGAUAGUGGAACCAUUGACUCUAAGCUUGUUUUAAAUAGAGAAAUCCUGACCUUUCAAAAGGCUCAAUAAUUGCUUGCAACUGUGGUGAAAUCCACUUUUUUCAUUUUUCUUUUUUGGUGUCCCACACACCACUUAUAUGUCUAUGAAAUAGUACAUGACUUCAAAUCAUUAGAGAAAUUUACUCCACGUGGAAUCUUCGUGCAUAUCGGAAUUGAUCCAAAUGCAGAAGUCGUCGCCCUAUCACCGACGACCCUCAUGGCGACGAACAGAUUCGUGUGUGAGAUUUGCAACAAGGGAUUUCAAAGGGACCAGAAUUUGCAGUUGCAUAGGAGGGGACACAAUCUUCCUUGGAAGCUAAGGCAAAGAACUACCACUGAAGUGAGGAAGCGCGUUUACAUAUGUCCAGAGCCAACUUGCGUGCACCACAAUCCGGCUCGUGCAUUGGGUGAUCUUACUGGUAUUAAGAAACAUUAUAGUCGUAAACAUGGAGAAAAGAAAUGGAAAUGUGAUAAAUGUUCCAAAAAAUAUGCUGUGCAAUCUGACUGGAAGGCUCAUCAGAAGACUUGUGGAACAAGAGAAUACAAAUGUGACUGUGGUACCAUAUUCUCUAGGAGGGACAGCUUUAUCACCCAUAGAGCUUUUUGUGAUGCACUGGCUGAAGAAAACAACAAAGUGAACCAAGGUCUAAUGAACAACAAAGUGAACCAAGGUCUAAUGAACAGCAUGGAAGCCAAUAUACAUAGUGGCCAAAUGCAUGAACUCAUGUCAUCCAAUGCCUCCUUAGGAUUAUCAGAAUUCAACAACUUUGAUCCCAAAAAUCCACUAAAAACACUCCCUCAGGAACUUCUCCCCAUUCCAUUCAAGUCCAUGAACAAUAGUAUGUCUCCAGGUCGCAUGUUCUCAACCACUUCAGGUAACCUCUUUGGUAGUCCAAGAAGUGUAGCUUCGUCAUCUUCAGGACUUCAACUUGGCUCCAAUAUCCCAUCAAAUUUCAAUUAUCUACAAGACAAUGGUAAAAACGGGGUAGCUCAAGGGCAAGGCCAAUUUUCUGGAUCAUCAGCGCCAAUGUCAGCAACUGCGCUAUUGCAAAAAGCGGCCCAAAUGGGGGCAACUGCUAGUAGUAGCAUUAAUUCCCCAAUGAUGCAAAAGAGUUUUGUAACAAGUUCCAUGGCUGGCCCUGAUACUAUAACAAGACCAUCACCAUAUGAGAAUUUCCAAAUGCAACAGGAUAAUAACAAUCAUCAUCCUCAUCAACAACAACCGAAUUUAGCAGCAGUGAUGAAUGACAUGGGAAUUUACAGCGGGAUACUAAUGAACAAUGAUCAAAACAAUGGUGGAUUUAUCAAGAACGUUACAGAACUUGACCGCGAGAACAAUAGUACAAACGACAACUCUAGUCAUGUGAUGGGAAUUAGGAACCAAACUGUGCUAGGACAAAAUGGAAAUGACAUGUUGACAGUUGAUUUCUUAGGAGUUGGAGGAACUUCAAGGCCACAAAUCAGUAAUUUGCAAGAGCAACAAAGAUUGGAAGAAGCUAUAAAUCAACAGAGGAUGCAGGCUGCUGCUGCUUCGAUGAAUCCGUUCCAUCAUCAACAGAAUAUCAAUUCGCAGGGAAAUUCUGCUUUGGAAAAGCCCAUAUGGGAUGUUUGAUUUUAGCACAAAAGGUACAACGGAAGAACUUAUUGGCAUCCGGUAUUACAUCAAAUCAAUAAUUGUAAGACAUACUUUAUACAUCAUUUAAUUAUAUGGUUAGGUGUAAAUACCGAGUGGGGAUAAAUAUUUCCAUCAACAAUCUUCCAUAGGCCAGUUUCUCAGUGUAUUUUUUCUUAUCAUGAAAUCAUGAUCCUCUUGAAAUAAAAGAAAGUACAUGCAUGGUGGAAUUUAA